AUGGAACAACCCAAUCAGACCAUGAUAUCAUUUUUCAUCAUCAAAGGAUUCUCAGACAUUCCAGAGUUGCAAGCUCCAAUCUUCCUUCUGGUCCUUUUUAUUUAUCUCCUCACUCUUGGUGGAAACAUGACCAUUAUCCUACUGGUCUGCCUGGAUCACCAUCUCCACACUCCCAUGUAUUUCUUCCUGGUCAAUCUAUCCUUUAUUGAUAUAUGUGCUACAACUGUUACUCUACACAAGAUCCUUCUCAUAAAUCUCACUGGGGAUCGAGUUAUUUCCUAUAUUGGUUGCAUAGGCCAAAUGUAUGUCUUUGGAAGCCUUGUUAGUGAUGAACUAUUGUUCCUUACUGCAAUGAGCUAUGACAGAUAUGUAGCAGUGUGUAAUCCUUUGAGAUACACAGUUAUCAUGAAUCACAGAACCUGCACUCUUUUGGCCUCUGUCUGUUGGGCUCUUGGUUUUAUAGAAAUAAUACCAUAUGUUGUUUUGGUGACUGGUUUCUCCUGUUACAGAUCCAACAUUCUGAACCACUUUUUCUGUGAUCUGUUGCCUAUUAUAAAACUGUCUUGCAGCAACACUUCUGUUCUGGAAACAUUGUUCAUAGUUGAAGGUGCAGUCUUGCUUGGUCUUGGCCCUUUCCUUCUAACGUUUCUGUCCUAUGUUUUUAUUAUCACCACCAUACUAAAGAUUCGUUCUAAAACAGGAAGACGUAAAGCUUUUUACACAUGUUCCUCCCACCUCACAGUCGUCAUCCUUCUCUAUACUACCUUAAUCUACCAGUACUUGAGACCCAUUUCAGCAGACAGUCUAGAUUACAAUAAACUACUCUCCCUUUUUAACACAGCUGCUGUCCCCAUAUUGAACCCUCUCAUUUACAGCCUUAAAAAUAAAGAUGUGAAGUCAGCUUUCAAGAAAAGAUUGCAGUUUGUGAGAGUUAAAAAUACAGUUGUAAAGCCUGCUUGCAUAGUAGGACUUCAGCUUCUAACAGUUAAAAAGUAA